CUACAGGCACUCUACAUACAAAGUGAUAAAAAGAUUAAGGGCUAACAUCUGUCUCAAUCUUUAAAGAACCAUGUGUCGUAUUCAUCUGACAGAAAUAUUAAUGGUUGUACAACUAAUACUCUGUAGUUCUUUAGUACUCUGUAAAAGAACUUACAUUCAAGAUUCAGGUGAAAGAGACUUAGAACGGGAAUACAUUCGGAAAAUAUUUGGAGCAAUAACUCGAUCUGAGGAGAAUAUACCAUUCAAUGGUAGAAAGCAUGAUAGGUCCAACGAUAAUAUUCGAUAUUUUUAUAAAUCCCUGUCGAAUACUGUAAAUGUUGAACAAUUUAAGAAUUGGUUACGACAAGAAGCUGCAGGAUAUAAUGAAGAAGCUCCUGCAAUGGAUGCGAAAGAUGAAUUAGCAGCUUUGGUAGAAGACGAACUCAUAAACGCCUUGGCUAAAAAGUCCUCAGCUAUACUAGACAAGCCGUACGUGCAAAAAAAGGGCAGAAACGACUUUUUAGUAAUAAGAUCAGACUCAUCGGAUCCCUUUGUGACUGUUGUACCAAACGAUAUUUACUAUAAUGUUGAAAAGAAAUGUGUCAAUUGGUUGGAUGAUUGCAACCAAAAAGGCCUUCGAGACCGGCUGUUACAAAAAAUUCACGUGCCCUAUAAAUAAACACAUUAUACUAAAAUAAAAAAAUACACUGUAUCUUUGUAGACCUUACAAAGCUAUGAAGUAGAAACAAUAAUAUAAGGUCGUAAGUCAUUUGGAGUUUUAAAUAAAACAAAACAGUUAUUGUUGAUA